AUGCCCAGCCUUUCCCAAGAAAACCAAGAGUACCUCCAGGAGCAUCUUCCCAGGCAGGCUACAUGGGCACAGUUGCUGCCUCUGUUCAGAGCAGAGGAAGAUUAUAAUCUCAGUAUUCAUCAAGUCACAGAAAAUAAAGGGGACUCUCAGGCUGGGACUGGUGUCAAGCCUGUGGGAUCCGAGAGGACUGAGAUGCGGGUACAGCAGAUGUGCAGCGGAAGUGAGACCCAGGGCUCCAUCCCAAGCCAGCAGGGCACGGGUAGUAGUCGUGGUUCCAAUGCCUGCUGCUUUUGCUGGUGCUGCUGCUGCAGCUGUUCUUGUCUCACGGUCAGAAACCAAGAAGACCAGAGACCCAGGAGAGCCUCCCAUGAGCUCAGAACAGACAUUCCAGAGUGCGAAGAAAGCCCCACCCCCACUCUGGAAGAAGUCUGUGCCUGGGCCCACUCAUUUGACAACCUAAUGGUCACUCCGGCUGGAAGAAACGCAUUCCGGGAAUUCCUUCGGACAGAAUUCAGUGAAGAAAACAUGCUUUUCUGGAUGGCCUGUGAAGAACUGAAAAGGGAAGCUAAUAAAAACAUUAUUGAGGAGAAAGCCAAGAUAAUAUAUGAAGACUACAUUUCUAUUCUCUCUCCUAAAGAGGUCAGCUUGGACUCCCGAGUACGGGAAGGCAUCAACAGAAACAUGGCGGAGCCAUCCCAGCACACAUUCGAUGAUGCUCAACUUCAGAUUUACACCCUAAUGCACAGAGACUCCUAUCCCCGAUUCAUGAACUCCACAGUCUACAAGGACUUGCUGAAGUCCUUAACUGAAAAAGCAGUUGAAGCAUAGGUGGUUUCAAAUACAUUUAUUAUUACUAAAUCCAGAAAAUAACUCAUGGACUACAUCCAGCACAGGAAAUCUAGAGGUAGGAUGUACUCUGCUAGAGUGAUUCUCAGACUAUUAGAGCAACAAAUUCUUUCUCCUCAGAGAGCUACACAGUGUAACUGCAGCCUCCUUUAGUAAUACUUGUGAGAAAAAAGGGAUAUGACUGCCUUAGAAAGGCAGUACACUCACACUCAGUAAGAGUAGCAUGUUCUCAGGGCAGGACAUGCACUAGCCCUUGUUCUGCCUGCAGCUCAGACACACAGAGUAAAUGGGGAUACUUUUGUUUUGCAUGAGUUAAUACCCUAUUACCCUCCAAAGAAAAGGCAUUGAAGUCUUUCCCAACUAACCCUUGCUUCAGUCUGAAUACUUCACCUAGCACCAUGCCAGGACUGAAAGUCAUAUUUCAUGAAGAUGUGACUAUUCCUUGUAAAAAACAAAAAUGGUAGCUGAGUGCAUGCAUUGUGGUGGUGGAGCCCACGGUGCUCUAGGUGAUCAGUGUCUAGUUUCUGGUAAGAAAAGUGAUUCUUCAGUGAGAAGGGAUGGCUAUGUAGUCAGCAUCUACCAACCUGAAGAAUGAAUUUUAACGUUCAUCGCUUGUCAUGUUCACAGAGCUUCAAAUAAGCAUAUUUUAAUUUUUGUAU